AUGGCCCCGAAGUAUCGCGCGCACAUUAUGUCUGUGCAGCUGAUAGUCCAGGUUCUCAGGUAAGUCAACUUGACUGAAUAUUUGUUUUUACGAGUCGAUGAAGCUCCAUAGUCUAAACUUACGACCAGUAAGGGCAGUGAAGGCUUGUUUAUGAAAAAUAAGGAAACAACGCAACUCAUUAGGCGACAGGGUUUUUUAAAUGUUAUCAGUAUACGACGUUUACGGGUCAUAACAAACUGACCUGGGUCAUCCAACCUCCGAACAUGUGCGAAGUCGGCCAUAAGUUACCUGAGUAGUAGCUAACUUCAGUGAAGGGGGAAGCGUCUGAGAAGAAAUAGAGGGGAUCGCUGGAACAACUUUAUUCGCCUGACAUUUCGGAUUCCUGCUCGAACCCAUCAGCAGAGACAAUAGCAGAUGGGGGUGGUUCAUGCACAACGGGUUGUAGUGUUUAUAGGAUGCAAUCGCUAUGCCACCGAGUACGGAUCAAAAUUAACGGUUCGCUCUCCGCGAGGUUAACUACAUUGCCCAGCUAAAAUCUCAACGUUGAAUGUGGAAGGGAGGGAUCACUGCACUUGUUAAUUGACUAGGGGCCAGUAAACCAUGACUCAAGCAACUCACGGCUUACGCGACUGUCACCACUUGCGAGAAUUUCAGCCUCGUCGGACUUGAAUGUGUCGCGGGGUUACACAGGUUAUGCAGCGGUCGAAAAGCCAUUUUGAUAUAUUUGACGUUAUUAAAUCAUUUAAUCGCCAUAGGUCUAUUAUUUCCAGGGAUGGGUGGGCUUUUUGGGACCAAACGAAUAUCUGAAUUCUUAAUGCGAAGUAAGCCGCUGCACAAGCUGUGAUUAGGUGAAACAUUAGAACUGUUAAUUUGUCAUCCUCUACAGCUUUUUUAUUCCAUAUCGUUAGAGCUCCUUUCUCUCAAAGCGCGAAUGGGAAUAACUACCGCAGAAUAGUAUUACUCGAUCGAGGAAGUGAUCUUUACAUUGAUUGGGUAGUAGGGGCCGACAUGAGUGAUCUGAAAGUGAUGACUAUCUGAAUGCGGUAUCGGAUGCCCUUUUUUAGAGAAAGAAUGAGGUUGUUGUGGUUUGAGGAAAUCAUCCAAAAUCACAUCCAUAAGAUCGUGAACUUUCAGCUUGUUGGGAAGUUAUCAUGCUAUAAUUUGUUUGACGUAGUAUUCGUCUUGUGGGUCAUUUUGUUGGUCUAGCUAAACGCCUGUAGAAUUUCUUUGCCAUUUUGUUUAAGUUAAAUCAACUUUUCAUUAUUUACAGCCGAAAUAAAAUUACGCGCCGGAUCGGUGAAAAUGAUUAUUCCCAAAAUCUUUUAUUCGAGUUUAUUUUUACCUAAUUAUUGGCCCGACAUCGCCUCGCCCGUGAACACCGCAAUCCACCUUCGAGGUUUAUUAUUACUGGCAAUGAAAUGCUUAUACUUGAAUAUAAAACAAGGGAAAGUCCCAAACAACACCUUAAACCAAACCUGAUCUUCAUCCUCGCGUGUCUGCUGGGAAAUGCAGGAAGUUAUCUAUUAUGAGUUCCUUGAAAGGAAACAGACCAUUAAUUCAGAUCAUUACGGUCAACGGCUUCGCUCGGUAGAUAAAGCAAUUUAACGAAAACGCCCAAAUCUUGGAAAUGGCGUGGCUCUGCAGCAUGACAACGCCAGGCCUCAUGUCGCAUAAUUCACCAAAAUGUCGUUGAGAAGCUUGGCUUGGAGGUUUUUGCACCCGCCAUUCUCUCCAGCUUACUAUCUCUUUUGGUUACUCGAAAAUACUUUGACCGGAGUAUCAUUCAAUUUCGACGCGGAUCUUCAAAAUUAUAUCGAUGACUCUUUUGCGUCAAAACCAGCGGGCUUCUUCGGGUGCUGGGUUGGAAAACUGCCUGAAGGCUGGAAGUAAAUUGUGAACAACAAAAGAGGAAUACAUAAUUUAUUAAUUUUGUGAAUAUUAUAAAAGAAUACCCUAAAAUUUUAAGUAAUUGAAAACCGCACAAACUUAUGGAACAACCCAAGAGACUUGGCGUUUUAAACGAAAUCAGCCUGGUAGUGGAUGGGUGUGAUGAGGAUGUAGCAGUGAUUGGUGUACCUGCCAUUCCUCUAGGAAAAGUUUGAAAACGUUGCCAGUUAUAGAAAAUACACCUGUGGAUGGGUUGAAGCGGUUGGAUUCUGUUGCCUCCUCCUCCUCCUCCUCCUCCUCCUCCUCCUCCUCCUCCUCCUCCUUCUCCUCCUACCUACCUACCUACUCCUUCUUCUCCUCUGAUCGUAGCAGAGUGAACGCUCGUUAG